CAGCAACCAGCUCACAGCUGCCGGUAGAGGUUCGGGUCUCCCAGCACGUGCAGCAGAUUGUCGCUCAUCAAGGAAUAUGUCUCCUGCAGCAGGCCGGGCUCCGCGUGCCGCUGGGCGAAGGCCAGGACGUCCAGGCAGUUGCCCAGGACCCUGGCUAACUCUGAGGGACAAAGAGUCUGAAGGCGAGGAGGUUGGGCCUACAGGACACGGGACUUCUCCCUGACUCAGGCAGUGAGGAGAUGGCCAAGGAGCAUCCCUGGCACCCAGCCUGGGCUCUGCUGGACCUCAGAUCCGUCCAUUUCUGGAAUGGAUGUAUUGAAGCCUGGGGAAGGGUGGCACCAACGCUCCGAUCCAAGGCCUAGUCUGCAGGGCUCCAGCGAGUGCCCUGGACUCCGAGGACGAAAAGUCGGGUCGGCAGAGGGUGCGGGGGGGGGGGGGGGGAUGGGCGGAGCCAAGUUGGGGUACGGGGAGGUCAGUCCCCGUUGCCAGGAGGCGGGAUCUGGACACAAUGGGGUCUGGGAGUUGGGCUGGGCGGGGGCGGGAAUCCAGGUACCCCACCUUGCCUUCCCGGCCGGCAGCCACAAAAAAAGGUACCGCAGGCCGUAAGCGCACCCCACCCUUGUGCGCUAUGGGCUCGGACAUCUGGGUCGGCCCUUGGCGGCCCCACCGGCCCCGCGGCCCCAUCGCAGCGCUCUACAGAGGCCCGGGGCCCAAAUACAAGCUGCCACCGAACACCGGCUACAUCCUGCACGACCCGUCGCGGCCCCGCGCCCCGGCCUUCUCCUUCGGCGCGCGCCUCCCCACGCAGCAGACUUCUUGCGGCCCGGGGCCCGGCCACCUGGUUCCUGCUCGCAUGACCGUGCGCGGCCCCGACGGCACCCCCGCCUACUCCAUCUACGGCCGCCCCCGCCACGCAGCGCCCCGCCUCACUCCCGGACCUGGCAGGUACUUCCCUGAGCGAGCCGGGAACGCGACGUACCCCUCUGCGCCUCGGCAUACCAUCGCUCCCCGAAACUGGGGCAUCCCUGCGGAGCAGCAGACCCCAGGCCCUGGGACCUACAAUGUGCCCUCGCUCCUGGGUCCGCGCGUCAUCGGUAAAGUCUCGGCCCCAACUUACUCCAUCUAUGGCCGCAGCGCAGUGGGCAGCUUCUUCGAGGACCUCAGCAAGACCCCGGGCCCCUGCGCCUACCACGUGGUGAACACUGGGAUCUACAAGUCUCGGGCCCCCCAGUUCUCGAUGCUGGCGCGGACUUCACUCCCCCAAGACAACACCCUGAAUCCGGGACCCGCAGCCUACAACGUGGACCAGCACCGGAAGCCUCGCGGCUGGACCUUCGGGAUCCGGCACUCGGACUACCUGGCCCGGGUCCUGACCAAUGCAGAUGAUUGACCGGCCGGGAGGGCGCAGCCCCACAGACGUUUGCUUAAAGCUUCCCGAGCCAGCAGCGUGUCCCCCUCUCUGCGUUCGCGGCGGGCGCGCGGGGCGGGGAGCGUGCGCGGCGGGAUACUCGGGCCCGGGAAGGCACGGAAGUCGCGCGCCCGGGGGCCUUCGUGAUUGGUCGGGGCAGAAGAGAGCAGGGUCGUCCCGCCCCCCUGAGGCGGCCAUUGGCCCAGAAUCCCGCCUGUCUGGGCGGCCCGGCCCAUCCGCCGUCCUCCUGCGGCCGCGGGCCAGGCCCGGCGGAACGCGUCUGGAAUCUAAAGCAGGACCGGUGAGGGCCACUGUCCGGGACAGGUACAGGCCGGGGUCAAGUUCUGAGCCCGAGAAGUGGAAGCCGCACACGGAGACACGCACACGGACAACACAGACACAGGACAGAGGUGCGGAUACGAAAGGGAGAAACCGGAUCCCGUCGGGACAAGUGCACCUGCCGCAGAAACACGGACACAGGGCGGCGGCAGGUUCCAGCUGUCUCGCACCCCGCAGGCCCGGAGCGAUGGGGCCACAGGGAGCCAGGGCCCUCCACAGCCCAAGCGACUCCCGUAGCUGAUCUGUCUGAACGAGACAGGCCGCCCGAGCUAGGGAGACCUCAGGGGCUUCGUGCGCGCUGUGGACGGGAGCGCGCAGGGCGUGCAAAUUGGUGCGCGGGAACUUAUGGGCGCCUCUGAGCCCAAGAUCAGCCCCAGAGACCGCCUGCCCCCGGGGGCCCCACAGAGCCCCACCCCUGUCAGUGACCCCAGGAUAACCCACCGCUGUGGCAGCACCCCCAUCGUGUUGGCUACAGCGCCGUAUCCCGUGCCUCGGGGCCAUGCUAACGGCCAUGCCACUGCAAGGCAUGGACCUGGAGAAGACAGUGGCGCUGACCCAGGCCCUGGCCAAGUCUGGGCAGCAGCUCACAGACAACUAUUGCACAGGGGGAGUGGGUGACAAGGUCAGCCCGGUCCUCUUACCUGCCCUGGCUGCCUGUGGACCGCAAGGUUAGAAGAUGCCUCCUCUCCAGACCUUAAAGAGGUUAGCAACCCAAAGCCAGUUUUUAAUUUCAAGCCUGGCCUAGACGGAGUCCCCAAAGGCAGACCCAGGCUUCUCACCCCCAGGACAGAACUUAGGUGCCCCCCCCAUCGGCCCCCAUAGCAGGACCAAGUUAUCCAGCCCCUUGGGUACCCCAGUCAGGACUCCCAAAGGAAGAACUGGGUGUUCCUCUCCUUGGUUCCCCAGACUUGAGCCCUCAGGAUAGUCCUCCUCAUCACUCCCCAUACCAGAUCAGGACAAUUUCUUUCCCAUUCCCUCUCCACCAGCGGCACAUCCACUACAACUGCUUAGAACUCCAGCUGAAGUCCUAACCAGGGAAAGUAAGGGGGCUAGCUGUGCAGUGCACUCAGCACCCCUGCCAGCAGGUACCAAUGAUCAAGAGAUGGGGUCUGAAGGGCGGGGCACAACUUGGAUAAACUGGAGUCGAUUUCUCUAUUCACUGUCAUCCAGAGCUCAGGUGGGCUGACUGCUCACUGAUCUAGGUUAUUGUUAGUAAUAUUGGCCAGAAUCUCUGAAGAAUCACUGAUUGAUCAAUAUCCAACCCUGAUGAAUGACCUAAGUUAUUUAUGGGCCAUUGAUGGUCAUUGAACUUCUGUCUUCAGAGAAACUUCGAUUGGAGUCAUUAAUAGGGACUUGAUCAAAAUCACUGUUGCAUCUCUAAUCACCAUAGGACAUUGGUCAAUAUCCCUGAUGGGUCAGACCAGUCAUUAAUGAGGACUUAUCAGAACUGUUCAUAAAUCUGUGGUCAUAGUCUUGGACACUCAUCAUGGUUGCUGAUGACAGUGUCAGUGCAGGGGUCACUGAAGGUCACUGGGAGUCCUGAUGCAGGGGAGUUUGGCCAGAUGUAGGGGCUGCUGGAGGGAGUGGGCUGCUGUCCUGUGGAUCAGGGCAGGAGGCUGGUUCCUGUGGAUGGACUCCUGUAUGAAGCCAGAGGUGUCAGCCACUAUUAACGCCUCCUAGUCAUCACAGGUAACCUGACCCCAGACUCUGGGUCUACCUCCUGCGUAUUAAAGACGCCUGACCUCUGACCGCACAAAGUCCAGAUCCCCAUCAGGGGACCAUGGGACCUCCCCCAAAACAGACGAUCUGGACCAACCCCAGGGUCAGUGUCCCCUCAUCACAAGAUGCCUGACCACUGGGGCGCCUGGCUGGCUCAGUUGAUAGAGCAUGCAACCCUUGAAGCCAGGGUCGUGGUUUCAAGCCCCACCUAGGGUGUAGAGAUUAUUUAAAAAACAAAACAAGAUGCCUGACCACCAACUCAAGAGGGUGACCUGACUGAUGCCCCCUCCCCCAUAGGGAACUUGGCCUCAAUGUUCAGGGUCCUUAACCUUUCAUGACUGACCCAAGAGGCAGAAUUCCCCACAUCCCCUAGGAAGCUCCAGGCUCCUUAUCACUUCCAGCCCCCUCUGCCUCCCCCCACAGCCUUCAUCCUCGGUCAGAAAAUGGUGGAGAGGGGCGCCUGGGUGGCUCAGUUGUUAGGCGUCUGCCUUCGGCUGGGGUCGUGAUUCUGGGGUCCUGGGAUCGAGCCCCGCACUGGGCACC